GAACCAUCAAUGAGAUGCAAACAUGAAAGACAAGAGGAAGAAGAAGGACCGCACCUGGGCCGAAGCCGCCCGCCUGAGUAGGAUGUGAUGUCAUAGAGAAGGGGACAGGGCAAUCCCAAUUCUCUCAAUUGCUGGGAGGAGCUGCCCAGGUGUGCUGAGGGGCCUGUACUCAGGAAGAGAGAAACAGGGAGUCCUCCACAGCCUUAGAAAAGCACCCCAACUCGCCAAUGACUGCAAAACAGAUACUGGAAGUCAUUCAGAAAGAAGGGCUAAAAGAAACAAGAAAUGGAACUUCCCCAUUAGCCUGCCUGAAUGCGAUGCUUCACACUAACACUCGUGUAGGGGAUGGGACCUUCUUCAAAAUCCCUGGAAAAUCGGGACUUUAUGCACUCAAAAAAGAGGAAUCUUCCGGCCCAGCUGAUGGAACGUUGGAUUUAGGCUGCGAGUCUGAAUUAGAUGGCACGGAAAUGGCGGAGGCAAGCAGUAGUAAUGGAGAAGAAAAUGGAGUUUGUGCAAAGCAGGUAACUGAAGAAGUGUCUUCCAAUCGAGACUCAAGCCUUACUAACCCUGCAGUGCAAAGCAAGCUAGUGUCUUCCUUCCAGCAACACACCAAAAAGGCACUUAAACAGGCUUUGAGACAGCAGCAGAAAAGAAGAAAUGGAGUCUCAAUGAUGGUAAACAAGACUGUUCCUCGUGUUGUUUUGACACCAUUAAAGGUGUCUGAUGAGCAGUCGGAUUCACCUUCAGGGUCAGAGUCUAAAAAUGGUGAAGCGGAUGGUUCAGAUAAAGAAAUGAAACAUGGACAAAAAUCCCCAAAUGGGAAACAAACAAGUCAGCACUUAAAACGAUUAAAAAAAUCUGGUUUAGGGCACUUGAAAUGGACCAAAGCUGAGGAUAUUGACAUAGAAACACCAGGAUCUAUUCUCGUGAACACUAACCUGAGGGCUUUAAUAAACAAACACACUUUUGCUUCCUUACCUCCGCAUUUUCAACAAUACCUCCUGCUUUUGCUCCCGGAAGUGGACAGGCAGAUGGGAAGUGAUGGAGUUUUGCGCCUCAGUAAUUCUGCUCUAAAUAAUGAGUUCUUUGCAUAUGCAGCACAAGGGUGGAAGCAGCGAUUGGCCGAAGGUGAGUUUACCCCAGAAAUGCAGUUGCGGAUUAGGCAAGAGAUUGAGAAGGAAAAGAAAACAGAACCUUGGAAAGAGAAAUUCUUUGAAAGAUUUUAUGGAGAAAAGUCGGGAAUGUCAAGGGAGGAAUCGAUGAAGCUCACCUCAGGAGAGAACAAGGAGGGAGAGGAGAGUAACUCGGCACGUGGUUCUUCCUGUUUGCCUGACCCGUCUACACCGUCACCCUUUGAAGAACAACAGUCAAAAAACACGCAAAGCCCACCUUUGCCGGAGACCAAUUUCAGCGAAUCCCUCUGCCACAUGGAGCAGGCCCCCGCUAAGGAUGCGAUGGCUGAAUCGGAGCCAGAGGAUAUACUAAUUCCUGAGGAAUCCGUCAUUCAGGAGGAAAUUGCAGAAGAGGUGGAGACCAGUAUCUGUGAGUGCCAGGUUGAAGAUCAUAAGCCAGAACCUGAAUUUUCUAAGGAAUCCGUGAGCCCGGCUCCUCAGAAGGAAGAAACAGAAGCCGUGCCACGCACCGAUAAGGCGGAGCCCUGUGUCACGAUGAAUGAUGUCCUGGCUACCUUGCCUCAUGUUGAAAUUAAGGUGGAAGAGAAAUCGGAAUCCCCUCAGGAAGAAAUGUCAGUUGUUAUUGAUCAACUGGAUGACUGUGAAUCUCCCGCACCUUCUGUUUCCUCUGCAAAUUCUGCCAGCGAUACAGCCGAGAAGGAGCCAGAAACUGCCACGGAGACCAGCGCCGCCGACACACAAAGGGCGGCCUCGGCUCAGGAAGGUGUCUUCCCAAGUGAAGGCGGGGCUGUGGAUAUGGAGCUGCAGAGCGAUCCCGAUGAAAACGCCUGUGUCUCUGAAACCUCCUUCUCCUCUGAGAGCCCCGAGGGACCGUGUGCCAGCCUCACGUCCCCUGGAGGGGAAACGCAGACUCCGUCGGAAGAGCCGUGUACGCCCACCUCCCUCGAAGCAGCUUUCUGUUCCGAAGUGUCCAGCACUGAACACGCCGAAACCGAGAGCCACCGAAAGCCUUCUGACGAAAGCCUCCGGUCCUCUUUACUGGUGGAGAUAUCUCCGAUGUCCACCUCUCCCGGAGCUUCGGAAGCGUCCCUCGUGUCCAGCUUACCCUUGACGGCCGAAGCCUCGCCCGUGUCCAAUUUACCUUUGACGUCAGAGACCUCGCCGAUGUCUGAUCUGCCAUCGACGUCGGAGACCUCAUCCGUGUCCUCGGUCCUUCUGACUUCCGAGACGUCGCUCGUCACCAGCUUACCUCCCCCUUCUGAGGCUUCGACCAUUUCUGACUCCCCCAAGAGCGAAAGACUCACACAUCUGCAGAGGAAGUCCCCGUCCAUGCCUGAAGAAUCGCUCUCCCCGCUGAAGGACGAGCCCUCUUCGCCUUCCAAGAGUCAGGGAGAGAGCCAGGCCUCGCAGCCAAAGAAGGUUCAGAGUACACCCGAGGUGAUACUAGGCUCGGGGACCUUUGCCUCCGGAGCCCCAGCAUCCGAGGACCCCCCGGUCAGAAGCCUCCAACCCCAGCUGGGUAGGCCCCAGGCAGAAACCGAGAAACCGUGUGCCGCUUCUGUUCCAGAAGUCCCGGCUCCAGAUUUGAUCAAGGUUAAGAAUCACAGUGCCCAGCAAAGGGCCGAGAGGAAAGGCGCGCCCUCCCCACCACAAGGGUCCAGCCCUUCGGAAGGGACGGCUGCCAGGACCGCUGAGCCUCUCCCAGCCAAGACCCACGACAAGCAAUAUACCUCACCGCCAGACAAAUCUCCCUUCUCCGAGGGGUCCCGAACUAAGGCCCACAAGCAAGGGAGCGCCCAGCACCGGUCGGAGAGUUCGCAUUCUUCCAAGCCGUCAGAAGCCGCCAAGUCCCCCGACGGGCUCAGGCCCGAAAGCAGGGAGCCGGAGAUCUCCAAGAGGAAGACUGCCGAGCAGCACGGCUUCGGCACUUGCAAGGAGAAGAGGGCCCGGAUAGAAGAUGAUCAUCGCCCGGCCCGUGGGGCUUCGUCCUCCGCCGCUCCACCCGAGAAAGAGCAGCCUCCAAGGGAGGAGCCCAGAGUUCCUCCUCUCAAGAUCCAGCUUUCUAAAGUCGGGCCGCCUUUUAUUAUCAAGAGUCAGCCGGUCGCCAAGCCAGAGUCGAGGGCGUCCUCCGGCGCGACCGUGAGCGGAGGGAGGAACACCGGGGCCAGGACCCUCGCUGACAUCAAGGCGAGAGCUCAACAGGCGAGAGCUCAGAGAGAAGCCGCCGCCGCCGCCGCCGUGGCCGCCGCCGCCAGCAUAGUCUCUGGUGCCAUGGGGAGCCCCGGGGAAGGUGGCAAGACGAGAACUCUAGCGCAUAUCAAAGAGCAGACCAAGGCCAAGCUCUUUGCGAAGCAUCAAGCCAGAGCCCACUUAAUCCAGGUCAGUAAAGAAGCCAAGUUGCCCCAGCUCAACACCAAGGAGGGUCCCCCGGCUUUAGAAGUCUCAGCGUCUCCCGACACGAAGAUCGAGGGUUCAACCGGUGUCAUCAUCAUCAAUCCGAACUGCAGGUCUCCUAGCAACAAGGCUGCUCCCACUCUAUUGCAGCAGUCACUGGGUGCCGCGAAACUCCAGGAGAGCGCGACCGACCUCUCUGCGCAGAGUCCUGAGGAAGAUAUACCUGCGUUGCAUCUGUCUGAGAAAAUCCUUGCAUCUACCUCUUCGGAAAAUAGUGGCGUGCCCCUGCUUUUUAAUAAAAAUUCCGUCCCCAUGUCUGUCUGCAGCACUGCUCUGUCGGGAGCGAUUAAAGAACAUCCCUUUGCAAGUGUCGUUGAUAAAUCCUCCGUUUUAAUGUCCGUCGAUGGCGCCAACGCCACGGUUUCCGCCUGUAGCCUGAGCAUGCUAAAAUCCAUCCAGGGCACGGACCCCGUGGGCCGAGCCAUUGUACCAAAAUGUAUCGAUAACACUACUGUUCCUGCCUCAGUAGAGGCCUCGGUCUUAUCCGGCUCCAUCGAUGAUCCAAGGUUGCCGAUAUCGAGCGGCAGUGCUAAUACCUUAGUCUCCAGCCAAUACACCACUGUGCCAACUCACCUCCCCGCUAGCUCGGUCUUAAUUCCCCCAGUGGGAGCCAACCACAGAUUUUCUUCGGAUAAGCUAGUCCCGCCAGGCCGCGAGGAGCCAGCGCCCGUGUCCCUGAGCGCUGCUGGGAGAGCAGCUUUGAGCUGCGGCAAGGCGGCUGUAGUCCUGGAUCCCUUGGCCACCCGCUCCUCCCUCGCGAUGUUUCCAGGAAACGUGUCGACGGUGGGCCCUUACGACAGCCCGGCCAAGUUGAGCGCUGAAAGCCUAGAUAAGAGUUCCGGGCUUCGAGGCAGGACGGACCUCCCCGGCAAACCUCAGGGACCCGGGGGCUACCCGCCGGCGGCCGCCAACAGAUCCAUCCCCUGCAAAGUCAUCGUCGACCACAGCACGACGCUGGGCUCGGGGCUGCCCCUGGCAGUUGGCGUCGAGGGCACGGAGGCUGGCGUGGACCCGCAGAGCAGGCCCGGGAGGACGGACGCCGCCUUGGCGAGCGCGGCCUGCCCUCAAGUGUCUGUGAUAAGCCGGCCAGAGCCGGCGGCCAGGGAGGGCGCGGAGCCCGGCUCGGGCUUCGUCACUGCCGCCGUCAAGAUGGACGGCCAGACCCUGCAGGCCGCCUGCCCCAACCUCCGAGAAUCGGCCCUCGCUCCUCCGGAUCAGUUGGGCGAGGGGGCCGUCCCCUCGAGCCACGGCUUCGCAGAGCUGCCGCGCUGUCCCGCUUCCUUCAAGAGCGAGGCGGACGUCGCGUGCAGCAGUCAGUACCCCGCGGGUCACCGCAUCUGCUGGGGCGACGAGCAGGCACGGGGCCCAGUCGCUCCCGGGGCCGGCCACCUUAGUGCGCCGCAGCAUAAGGAGUUCUCGGAGCCCUCCUGCCUGAAAGCGCUCCAGGCCGAGCAUCCGGGUUACCCCCGUGGGGCAGAGCUCCACCCCAGGAAUCUGGCCCCCGGGCUGGCCCUGCCCAUAAAAUCGGAAAGCUACGAAGCCGACAAGUGCUUCCGGAUGGACACCGGCGACUUCCCCGGGGCCGAGACGGGCCUCCCGGCCCCGGAGGUAGCCCCGGGGCCCCAGACGACCCAUACGUCCAAGACCCCGGCCCCCAGCUCCUUGGAGGAGACGCUGUCGCUGGUUCCGGAAACCCUGAACCGGGUCGCGGGGGCCGGGAGCUCUAGCUGCCGCCUGUCCUCCGUCGAGGCCAACAACCCUCUGGUGACUCAGUUGCUGCAAGGCAACCUGCCCUUGGAGAAGGUGCUGCCCCAGCCCCGCUCGGGCGCCAAACUGGAAAUCAACCGGCUGCCCUUGCCGCCGCCCCCGCCCGCCGCGUGCAAGGCGGGGCCGGACAGGAACGCGCUGGAUCUGCCUUCCGGCUCCCCCAAUCCAGACGGCAAGGGCUACCUGCCGGGGACCCUCCUGCCCCUGCAAAUCAGAAAGCGAGAGAGUCACCCCAAGAAGAGGAUGGCCAGGACCGUCGGGGAGCCGCACCUUCAGGUCAAGUGCGAGCCGGGGAAGCUGCUGAUGGACGCGGACCUUCAGGGGGCUCCCUGCGUCGGCGGCUCCGGCCUGAAUCCCCUGGCCCACGGGCCACCCUUCAAGCAGGAGUGGCUGGGCAGGCAGGCCCUCCAGAGCCGAGCGGCCCCCGGCCCCGAGGUCAAGCAGCAGAAGAGGCCCCUCCCCUCGUGCAGCUUCCAGCAGAACUUGUUUCCGGUGGACAAGAACGGCGGCUUCCACCCGGAGGCCGGGACCCCGCACAGGCCGCCGCCGCAGUUCUACCAGAUCCCCGUGGCCGCCAGGGGCCCCAUGCCUCCGGUGUCGCUGCUGCAGGCGACUUCCAAGGGCCCACCUGGCUGCAAUGCCUUUGCCUACGGCCGACACCUAGAACAGAAAGGCUUGGGGGAGGUCAGCGUAUCGACAGCGGCUCACCAGCUGCGACUGGCUAGCGUCCUGUCGCCCAAUAUUCAGAUUAAGGAAGGCGACGACCUGUCCGGGGCGCCCCACGCUCUGCAGAAUAAAUCUCUGCACCCUCCCCCUCCGCCGCCGCCGCCUCCGCCGCCUCCUCUACCUCUACCGCCACCUCAUCCCAGUUCGGAAGUCCCGUCCGAUCCGAAACCGUCCCCGGUUACCAUGGAAACCACUAAAAGACUCAGUUGGCCUCCACCCGCCAGCAUAUGUAGCAAUAUCAAAUCGGAACCCCUUUCGUUUGAGGAAGGUCUUAGCAGCAGCUGUGAACUGGGCAUGAAGCAAGUUUCCUACGACCAGAAUGAAGUGAAAGAACAGUUGAAAGCGUUUGCGUUAAAAAAUGCCGACUUCUCUUCCUAUUUACUCUCUGAGCCACAGAAGCCUUUCACCCAGCUAGCUGCUCAGAAAAUCCAGGUGGUGCAGCACCAGCACCAGCAGCAGCAGCAGCAGCAACAACUGUGUGGGAAUUAUCCGACGAUACACUUUGGUAGCACAAGCUUCAAGAGGGCAGCUUCUGCCAUUGAGAAAUCCAUCGGAAUGCUGGGAAGCGGCUCCGGCAGCUCCACGAGCCUGUCUGGUCAGAACGCUCAGAUUCCGGUUCAGAACUUUGCCGACAGCAGCAACGCAGACGAACUGGAACUGAAAUGCUCUUGCAGGCUGAAAGCCAUGAUCGUGUGCAAAGGCUGCGGGGCCUUCUGCCACGAUGACUGCAUAGGCCCCUCAAAACUGUGUGUAGCUUGCUUGGUUGUCCGAUAGGAGCCGAAUCAACGAUGCAGUAUCCCUUUUCAGCAUGGAAGAGCCAAACAAAAACCCUUAAGUAACUGUAGUGCUUUUCAUCCGUCUAAUUUAUUUUAUUUUA